AAAAAGACUUUUGUUCUGUACCACCACUAACUCCCUACUAUCGUUUUUUGAUUUCCUCUCUCUAUCUCUGCGAAACAUCUGUAGCUCUGGUGCAUAGCGUGUUUACAAGUUUUGUCUCUAUCGACCACACUACGAUUAAGAUCACAGCGUUACUCUGCUUCCCGUUUAUCACUGGGGACUGACAGUUCAUUGGGAAAUAGGAACUUUUCCACCUGAACUACUAAUUCAAGAUGUUCAAUUUUUUUCGGAAGACCACGUCGGCUGUACCAGCUGAAGCAGACCGUCCGUCUUCUUCCAAUGAACAACUACAACUACGGACUCCUUCACCUUCUGUAACAUCUGCUAUUGGAACUCGAUUCCAACGGAUGGAUGGUAAUAUCGACAGAUCCUCACCCUUGCGCGAGGACCACGUCGGAGGCCCCCCCGAUACACCUUCGCCCCCGUCGCAUACUCUGGAUAACGAACUGGGCCUAAUCACAGAUCCCUCAGCAUUAUACGAACUUAUCUCUUCCGUACCCGCCAAAACCCUCCACGAAUACACACUCACACAUCUCAUUCCACCCUCAGCCGAGUCUAAACGGGGUACCCAACAGCCUGUACUGGCACAUAUACACGCGCCAUCGUCCAUCACUCUCACCCAUCUCACGUCCUUCUUUUCUUCUCUGACGCCGCCACCGAGAUUACAUUGUGUUCGGUGUCACAAGUUUUAUUAUGAUGUGGAGAAUACGAAUAGAAGUUGUUUGGUUGCACACGACGACGAGAGUGCUGAGGUGGAGAGGGUCGGGGUUGGCAAAGGGGAUUCGGGAACGCAGUACGAGACACUUUGGGGUUGCUGCGGGAAGACGGUUGAAGGGGACGGUGACAUGGGGCCUCCAGAUGGAUGGUGUUAUGAAGGCAAACAUACUACUGACACGAAACGCGCCCGUUUUCGCGCCGAUUCGACUAUCCACGACGAUAAACUCGCUUCGUGCAAACGUCUUAAAUGUUCUGAACCGAAGAAACAAGUCGAAGAUGAUGAUUCUUCCGAUGCAUCUUCUGAUAGGCCUUCACGGUCUCGACCACGGAAAAGAAGAGCAACAGCGACAUCAGGAACAACAACAUCUGCGGCAGCGGCUUCACGGAAACGCGCUCGUAAAGCCGAUGACGACGGUGAACAAGAACGUGAACAGGUGGAGGCAGAAGUCGAAGAAGAUCCAAACUUUACAUCUCCCGGUUCCCCAGGGAAGGGGAAGGGGAAGGGGAAGGGGAAGGGACAAGCUGAAGUAGACGAUGAAGCGCAGGGUAAAGCAUCCCCAUCACUAGCUGCGUCGACGGUAAAGAAACAGAGACAGAGAAAGAAAAGACCCAGGACGACGGAGGACGAUAAGGCAUUCAAACCUGAAGGAACGCCGUUGGGUGAUGAGUUGGAUGAUAUGGACGUGGAUAUGGAUGAGACGGCUUCAGUUGCCUCCAAGUCGAAGCGAAAGCCACGGACGAAGAAUCCUACCAACCCCAAGACAAAGUCGAAGUCCAUAACGAGAAAGGAGACAAUGGUGUCAGAUGCCGCAGAGGCCCCCGCCGGAUCUGCUCCGAUGUCACCACCAAAGUCGAUAUCGGUGCCAGGGUCUCCCACAUUGUCGGUCAGAGCAGGGGGAGCUAAAGGUUCCAAGAGUGCAGCAAAGCCUAAGUCAAGCAUAGGAGGUCCUGUGAGGAAGACGAAGAAAUUGGAUGAAGUGAUUGCGUCGAGUAUCGAUGGGGAAUUGUGAUUUCGUUCUGCGGGGAGAAUUAACAUGCGCGCUCGUUAUUAAUAUUUUAUCUCUCUCAUUUCUGCAUUUAGCUCAUCUUUUACCUAUAUACCGUAUCACAUUCUGGACAUAAGUCUGCAGACGGUACGCUAUAUAGUUCUUUCCUUUCCUUUCGGCCUUGCUGCCCUCCAUGUAUUCCUACGUUCAUUUAUUUUCCAAUGCGAUACAUUCCCAGG